GGGGGCGUCUCGGCUAUCUCUCGCGCGGCUGUCUCUGGGUCCGGUGUCUCUGGCGGCGGCACCAUGAGCGGCCCCCAGAGCAAUGACACCAAAAGGCAGUUUCUACUCGAGCGGCUCCUGGAUGCAGUGAAGCAGUGCCAGAUCCGCUUUGGAGGAAGAAAAGAAAUUGCCUCAGAUUCUGACAGCAGAGUGACUUGCCUGUGCGCUCAGUUCGAAGCUGUAUUACAACACGGCUUGAAGAGGAGUCGAGGGCUAGCCUUAACGGCAGCGGCGAUCAAACAGGCAGCGGGAUUUGCCAGCAAAACAGAAACAGAGCCGGUAUUUUGGUAUUACGUGAAAGAGGUAUUGAAUAAGCAUGAACUGCAGCGCUUCCAUUCCCUGAGGAACAUAAGCACCGACGUGGGGAGAGGCCGAGCGUGGCUGCGCUGUGCUCUCAACGAGCACUCCCUGGAACGCUAUGUCCACAUGGUGCUUGCCGAUAAAACCAGACUCAGCAACUUUUACGAAGACUGGUCUUUUGUGAUGGAUGAAGAGCGGGCUAGCAUGCUUCCAACAAUGGCAGCCGGACUGAACUCCAUCCUUUUUGCGAUCAACAUCGACAACAAGGAUUUAAACGGGCAGAGCAAAUGCACUCCAACCGUGUCGGACCUGUUAAAGGAGUCGACCCAGAACGUGACGUCCCUGUUGAAAGAGUCCACCCACGGCGUGAGCAGCCUCCUCCGAGAGAUCACCGCGGCCUCGGCCGUGUCAAUCCUCAUCAGGCCGGACCAGGACUCGGAUCCCCUGCCAGUGGUGUCCAAGAGCGUCAACAUUGAUGCAAAAUGUAAAAAAGAUCGGAAAAAGAAAAAGAAGGUGACCAACAUCAUCUCCUUCGAUGAGGAAGAAGAUGAGCCAAACUCCGGAGACGUCUCCAGAAAGACAACGGGGUUGGGAGAGAGCUCAGAGGAACACUCAGACCAAUCAUCGGUUAAUGCCUUAUUGGCAUUGGAAAACCCCUUUCUUCAGAGUUCUAAUGGAAGUCACAGUAGCAGCUCCUGGAAAAUGGAUUCAGGUUCCUUCAACGGGGAAUACGGGUACCAGAAACUGGAUGUGAAGAGUAUUGAUGAUGAAGAUAUAGAUGAAAAUGAAGACCAGGUGUAUGGAAAGUCAUUGGGGAGCCAAAGCCUUGACGAUCACACAGAGGCUUCUAAGAAGCCGCUGGAGGAGAACACCUGCCUUUCACAGAUGCACAGCUGGGCUCCUCUGCAGGUGCUGCACGGUGAUUCAGAUAUGUUGUUUCCUGUCAGUGGAGUAGAGGCCUAUACCCCGGUGGGUGCCACCUUAGGUAACCUGGAGAAUGGAGCUGGACAACAGAGCGGCCUGUUUGCGGGACCGGAACUUCGGUACAGGGUGGAAGCCAGCCCUCCCGGCCAGGGAAGUCCUUUAAGCAGCCUGCUACCCUCGGCCACGGUGCCCGAAUCAAUGACAAUUAGUGAACUGCGACAAGCCAUUGUAGCCAUGAUGAAUAGAAAAGAUGAACUCGAAGAAGAGAACAGAUCACUACGGAACCUGCUCGACGGAGAGAUGGAACACUCCGCAGCUCUCAGGCAAGAAAUCGAUAACUUGAAAAGAAAAGUGGCCGAACAGGAGGAGAGACACGUAGCCAAGAUCCAGGCGUUGGCCAGAGAAAACGAGGUACUGAAAGUACAGCUAAAGAAGUAUGUCGGAGCUGUUCAGAUGCUGAAAAGGGAAGGACAAACAACUGAAGUCGUGCCAAACCUUUGGAACGCUGAAGGAGAAGUUACGGUUCCGGAACAAAAACCAGAAGAAGUCAAUGAAGAACUUGCCAGCUCCUAUGAAAGAAAGCUAAUAGAGGUGGCAGAAAUGCAUGGAGAGCUGAUAGAAUUCAACGAGAGACUACACCGUGCCCUGAUAGCUAAGGAAGCACUUGUGUCUCAGAUGAGACAGGAACUUAUUGACCUGCGGGGCCCAGUCCCUGGAGAUUUGAGCCAAACAUCUGAAGACCAGAGUUUAUCAGAUUUUGAAAUAUCAAAUCGAGCCCUCAUAAAUGUCUGGAUUCCUUCCGUUUUUCUUCGUGGAAAAGCUGCUAAUGCAUUCCAUGUAUACCAGAGAAGCCUACUCUACUUAAAUGCUACAUCUGUUAGAGCAAGGCUUCAGGAAGACCAGGAAGAAAUGAGGCAAAGUAGAGAAUGGACAGUUCUUUUGUGGGACAGACUCACUAGUACAACGGUCUAUAUCAGGAUAAAGGACGACGAAUGGAAUGUGUAUAGACGGUAUACAGAGUUCCGAAGUUUGCAUCACAAGUUACAAAAUAAGUACCCCCAAGUAAGAGCCUAUAACUUCCCGCCCAAGAAGGCCAUUGGAAAUAAGGAUGCAAAGUUUGUGGAAGAGCGACGCAAGCAGCUACAGAAUUACUUAAGAAGUGUUAUGAACAAAAUCAUUCAAACUGUCCCAGAGUUUACAGCAAAUCCCAAAAAAGAGACUCUUAUUCAACUGAUGCCCUUUUUUGUCAACAUCACCCCUCCUGGAGAUCCAGCCGGCAAGGGCGGUCGCACAAGAGUGGCUUCUCGCUUCCCCAAAUUAUCCCGGAACCUGCCUAGGGAAUCACGGAAUCUGGAGCCACAGAGUGGUGACCUCUGACCUCUUUGUAUGAUCACGGAAGUUGGCCCUGCCUUCCUUUUAGCCCACCCCAUCCUUCUCGCCUGCCCUAUUCGGUUGCUUCUAUAAGCUCCACUGAGGGGUGGGGGAGAGAGAGAGUCAGACUGAUUAGGACUGGGUCAUCACUCCUGAUUAAACUGAUCGUUCUGAACACAUCAGUGACCAUAUUUCUAAAGCCCUACAGUAGAGACUUGAAAAUAUGCCACAGAUUUCCAAUGUUCGGUAGACCGGCUCAGGGGCAGUGCCCGUUGGCUUCAAAAUUAACUGGUACAGAGUUCUGUGGUUCAAGGUCCUUUCUCUUUCAUAAUAGGCAUUGUAACACUUCCACUUCCACUGUCUGGUACACUAGAUGCUUUCCGUUUGUGAUGCCCAGCUGACAAUGCAGACUUCCAGAAACCUGGUACAGGGAGAGAGGUGUUUAGAAACUGGAAAUCCCUCUAAUAUUUUCCUUUUUGGAAACAGAAUGACUUUUUUAUUUAUUGUAAUGAUCUGCUACUCCUAGAAUGUUCUGAGACACUAAAUACUCCGAGCCGUAGAGCCUCGUCACAUAGAGGUAUUUUGUAGGCUUCUCCCUUCUAGUGUAAUAUUCUUGGAGAAUCUUUUUGGGGAAUUGGUGCAAUGCCACAGGAGGGAGCCACUUUAAAUGGUUAUUUUGCCAAGCCUGAUAACGAGUUUAAAGUAGCACAGAUGAGAAUGAACUUCCUAGCACUGAUUUUGGGCUCUGUGAUUCAGGGCCUGAUGACCUGGCUCUUCUUAAAAUGCUUUUAGUGUUCCUGUAGGAGAAGGUGGUUGAGACCUUCUCAAUGUAGGGAUGGGUUAUAGGGGAAGGUGUCUGCCCUAGGUAAAAUGGCCCACCCUGCACUGACCUUUGUUAAGGAGGGACCACUUAGGCCUCCAUAUGAGCUACCAAAGGUCUGAAAAUACCGAUUAUCUUUGUGCAAUUGAAUGAAUUAAAACAGAUAGCAAGGAGGGCAACCCCAGCCCAGCCUCCUGAGUUGGAUGAACCAAAGGAUCGUGAUCUAGAAGGGAUUUCAUCCUAAAGAUAUUACCCAUAGUAACCCUCAGCUACUCUUGCCAUUUGGCCGUGUUCUAGCCAGCAUGUUUUUGAAUGACUACAUCUAAAAAUCCUGGUUCUGCCUGAAAAUUGAAGGCUCCAACUAAUGAGUUCGUUUUUGGAGAGAAACAGGGUUUCCUUCUCAGAAUGACAGACCAAAACCAGUGGACUAGAGAGCAGGCCCCCAAAAGAUCAGCCAGGAAAAGAUCAGUAUUCAAAAUGACCAGGAUAUACUGGAAGAAACAGUCUGAAAUCAACAGAAUCCAGUUUAACAGAAAAUGGUCAAAGGUCCAGUUACCAACUACCCCGGAAACAAAUCAGAUCGUUCACGCUAAAGCACAUGGCACCUUUAAGUGAGCCAGAUAUCAGAGUUCAGGUCCUUGGGCCAAUAUAUAGUGUUAUUAUCUGCCAAGGGAAAAGGGUAGUUGAUAACAUUAACUCUCCCUUUUACCUUGGACAGAUCAGUGACUUUUGUCCUGAAUGCCACAUUUUAGGUGAAAUAUUGGAAAAAAUUGGAGAUGGCCCAGAAAGGAGAGAAUUAUGAAGUAGAAGAUAAACUAUACCCAACACAGCAUUUGGGAUUAUUUAUCCUGAGAAGGUCGAUCUAGCCGGAAGGACUACCUAAAGUACUAAAGUUGCCUAAGGAAGCUAUAUCCAAAUUGGGACUCAGACUGCCGCAAAUACUUAAAAGCCAGAACUUAAAAAGAAUUAAUAGUUGUUAUGGCUGUUAAAUCCAGGAAUGUGUUGUUCCUCUGGAGAGUUUUAAUAGUUUAAUAGCUCAGUAAAAUAUAACUCUAGUUUGAACAGGUAUAGGUACUGUUCUGCCUAAAGACAAGGGUCCAUACAAAAUGGUAUCUAUAGUUUUUUUUCCCAGAGGAGGAAGAUAGGAUUGAUUGUAGGGACCUCAAAAUGAACCCACGGAGCUUUAUUCGGAUAUCAAAUGGUGUGACCCAACAAGGCACACCUGAAAGAUGGCUUAGAUAUUUUUGAGUUUGAGAUAAGCAGCAUGGCUUAAUGGAUAGAGCACAGGCCUGGGAGUCAGAAGGACCUGGGUUCUAAUCCCAGC